AGUUCGUCUGUUAGACGUGCGCGAGCGAUGUUUGUGUGUGUUGUUUUAGUCGUCGCAGUGAUUUAAAUGUCGUUUUAAUAUUUAUAACAUAUUUGAUUUUGUUUUAUUGAGAUGAUGAGCUGCGCAGUGAUGUUACAGGCGCAGAUCUCCGCCAUCAUGGAUGUGUUAGUGAAGGCGGCGGUGGCGGAGAUCGGUCAGCUGCUGGAGGACGACGCUGCUGCUCUGCAUGAGGAGAUCAUGAGGAGAAACGAGGAGAUCCAGGGACUGAAAGCUCGACUGAUCCUCACCGAGACUAAACUACAGCGGUUUACUACAGACAGAAGCUCUGUGGCCGUACAGGUGGAGAUGAUGGACACAAGUGUGGUGGUCUGUUCACGAGAGUCAAGGGCUGAAGGUCAGGAUAAGAGCAUCAUGACCAGUCCAGAGAAAGAGCUUUCAGAGGAGAAGCCGAGCAUUUCAUCAGAGAUUAAUUCACAUCAUUUAAGAAGAGAGGAGGUGAUCAAGCCAUUUAAACCUUCAGAGGAAACCAGAGGAACCCCGGCCGAGGAAGAGGACCUCAGUGGAUUGGAGUUUGAGAUGAAGAUUGAACAGGUAGAAGAACUUGUUGAUCAAAAACUAAGUGACGUUCAGACAGAGCAAAAGAGUGACAAACAAAACCACUGUGUUAUAAAUGACAAUAAUGACUCUGAUUUAUGGCUGUCAGGAGGACAUCCAGAGAAAGCCUUUGAUCAUUCUGAGGGUCUUAUUCAAGAGUCCCAUCAACAAACUCAGACUUUUACAGAUUCAUAUGUCACACAAGUGUUGAUGGAAGAUCCGCUAAGUUCUCAGUCUUCUUCCGGAUUGUUUGGCUCUGGUGUUGUGCUGGAGAACGAGAGCUUUAGUGCUUCAGCAAAUGAAAACAUAGAGUACAGUUCCAACCUUUUGAUGUCUGCACGACAGGAUCCCCAUAGACGAUCACCGACUGCGCCCAGAACCGGCCCGACCGACUCCAAUACAUUUAGCAGAUUUCCAUCGUCUCAUUCCGGCUCACGUUUGCCUAAAACACUCGCGCAGAAUAUAUAUAUGGCGGACCACCCACGGCGCAAUGCAAGGCCAAAACCGUUCCGAUGUGAGGAGUGCGGUAAAGGCUUCACGCAGAAAACACGCUUGGUAACACACAGACGAGUACACACGGGUGAAAAACCCUUUCGCUGUCAGUUGUGUGUGAUGGAGUAUCUCACCGUUGCCUCUUUGAGUUUCCUGUUUGAGUGGAUGUGAGGCUCAGGGUCAGAGGUCAGGGUUCGAGUCUUUGCACACAGGUAUCUGCACGGUAGCAUGAACGGGGGGCAGGAAAGCAUUAAAGUGAGCCCGUGAUUUCUUUUUGUUUACUGUAUUGCAGUCAAGAAGUCCACCAGGAGGCCUGAGGAGCAGCGACCCGCUUCUGUGGAUGGAGGGGAAGCGCAAAGUCGUUGCUGAUGUGGCGGGUGGAUUAUGUAAACGAGUGUCCGAGCUAGACAGAGUCAGUUUCAAAGAUGGCAGUUGAAGUAAUGUUUGGCUUUGGAGGUCAGGUAGAGUAUUUCUUCGACUUUGUAGCUGCUCUUGGCCUAAUGGGUUCUCUGUCGGGUCUAAAUGCGUUUUCUUUAAUUGGCACGCUCUUGGAAAAGCUCCAGUAAGUGAGGAGAUGGUCUGAUCCUCCUCAGAAGUGAAAUGUUGAUCUUUUUUCUUUUUAUCUUCCUCUUGAAACUGUUCCUCUGAGUUUUUCUCAUAGGUGUGGCUGAGAUUGGCUAGGCUCUGAAUGGCCAGACAGGGCUCGGAGCGUAGCCUUUGGCCGCUCAGAGUAUCGCUCCUCUGCAGUGAAGGAGACACCUUGCCACCUCCUCGAAAAUUAAAGAUGUUUUCUCCUUCUGAGUUUGGCGAGUUAGUCUUCAGCUCGAUAUCUGAGGGGGACAUACAGGACACAGGUGAGCUGUCAGGCGUCCAGCAGCACUUGAAGCGUGUCCUGGUCGUGGGCGUUUAUCGCAUAUACGAGAGCCGAAGCUCCGCUGUUAUCUUCCAUGCUUGGAUCGGCUCCUGCCGCUACCAGAGCGGUCGCCACCUCUGCUCCGGCC